GCUGUGUGUAGUUUGAUUUGAUAACAACAAAUUCCGGAGUAAUUCCAUAAUCCAUUGUUCAGACUUUAGAAGCAUUUAAACGUUCACGACCGGCGGAACGUGCAUUUUAAUAAAUUUUUAUAAUAAAUUUAAUAGAUAGUUAGUUAAACAGUUUUCGUAAUGUCGAAAUUCUUGUCAACAUUUCAGAUGGCGUGCAAGAUCAAGAGUGGUCCCGUUGUUGAUAUGCUGGGCGAUGAGAUGACUCGCAUCAUUUGGAGUUCAAUCAAGGAGAAACUGAUUUUGCCUUACGUGAGCAUCGAUUUGCAUACCUACGAUUUGGGAAUGGAAAAUCGUGAUCUGACCAACGACCAAGUGACCAUUGAUUGUGCUGAAGCAAUCAAAAAGUACAACGUUGGCAUCAAGUGCGCAACAAUUACCCCCGACGAGAAGCGUGUCGAGGAGUUUAAUUUGAAGAAAAUGUGGAAGUCCCCCAAUGGAACCAUUCGUAACAUUCUGGGAGGCACUGUUUUCCGUGAGGCUAUUAUCUGUAAGAACAUUCCACGUCUGGUGAAGGGUUGGGAAAAACCUAUCAUCAUUGGUCGUCAUGCUCAUGCCGAUCAGUACAAGGCCACAGAUUUCGUUGUGCCCGAAGCUGGAACCGUGACACUGGUGUUCACCCCUACCAACGCCGAUAGUAAAGGAAUCAAGAAAGUCGUACAUGAAUACAAAUCCCCCGGAGUUGCUCUAGCUAUGUACAACACUGAUGAAUCAAUCGUUGACUUUGCACACUCAUCAAUGAAAUUUGCCCUGGCCAAAAAGUUACCAUUGUAUCUCAGCACCAAGAACACCAUUCUGAAGAUGUACGAUGGACGUUUCAAGAACAUCUUCGAGGAAAUCUACGAAAAGGAUUACAAGAAGCAAUACGAGGAAGCUGGCAUCUCGUACGAACAUCGCCUUAUUGACGACAUGGUUGCCUAUAGCAUGAAAUCGGACGGAGGAUUUGUCUGGGCCUGCAAGAACUACGAUGGUGAUGUGCAAUCCGACUCCGUGGCUCAAGGUUUUGGUUCCCUCGGUAUGAUGACAUCGGUGCUCCUCUGUCCAGACGGCAAGACUGUAGAAUCAGAAGCUGCUCACGGAACUGUCACUCGUCACUACAGAAUGUACCAAGAAGGCAAGGAAACCUCAACCAAUCCAAUUGCUUCGAUCUUUGCCUGGACUCGCGGUCUUCUCCAUCGUGCCAAGUUAGACAACAACACCGAACUAAAAGAAUUCGCUGAAACUCUUGAAAAGGUCUGCAUCGACACCAUCGAAUGUGGAUUCAUGACCAAAGAUUUGGCCACUUGCAUUAAGGGCUUAAACAACGUUAAACGCGAGGACUACAUGGAAACAUUUGAGUUCAUGGACAAGUUGGCUGAAAAUUUGAAUGAUGCUCUCAAUCAAUAACUCGUAUCGAGUGAAAAUAUUAAAUCCCAUUUGUAAGGCGGCAGUAGCGCGAAGAAGUUCUCUACGAUGUUAGUAUUUUAUUAGACUGCUCGAAGGUAACUCUUCACUUUUUUUAUACCUAUACCAAUCAGAGAAAUAUUUUUGUGCAAGAAAAACAAAACAAACAAACAAUAAAACGUUAUUUUAUAAAUCUUA